GUCCGAAAAGUUCCACUUUUGUGCUGGAUGAACGUUAAACUCACGCAGUUCUAUGCAAAAGCAAACUUUGGAGAAAGCAGAAGAGAAACACAGUGUGCGUGUGUGUGUGAGAGAGAGUGAGAGAGAGAGAGAGAAGGAUGUGUGAGGUGAAAGGUAUAGUGCUGGACGCUUCAGUUCUGUUGGCAGCCGAUAAAAAUGAUGAUGAAAAUGGAAGUGUCUCUCUUGGGCCUGGAGCUGAUUAUGUUCUUUGCAAGCUUCGAUACUCCAAAAUCCUCACGGGUAUAUCUUAUGGACCUGAUCUUUCUGCUUCUAAGGUGCACCUGCUCCAAGAAAAAGCAAGAUUAUAUUCCUACAAUUGUUUUGUCUUCCAGUCAACAGCCAUAGACAACUUUGUAAGUGAGGUUUCACUAGCAUGGGGCGAUCAUUCUGGAAGUUAUAUGCAUGUAGUUUCCAGUUACAUGGACGAGGAGAUUUCCCCAUUGAUAAGUUCUGACUGGCUGUUCACCGUUCUUCAUUGGAUUUCAAAUUUGUUCUCCAUGAAAAGGUUCCAAAACUCUCAAAGGCUGCACUUAUCUCAAAGAAGAUCUCCGGGAAAACCGUCAGAUGUUGAAUAUAGUCCUGGAACUGAAAAUCCAGGGAAGAUUUUCAUUAACAAACUUGAAGAAUUGCCUCUGACUAUCUGCAGUUUGAAUAAGAAGAAGCAGGCGAUGGGCAAGGAAGUCAAGAUAGUUGGUUACUUGAUGAAGCCUUCUCGUGAAGAAGAUUUUGCCAAGAGAGGUGCAUUCCCCUUAAAUCCUACACCAAACGGGUUAACUUUUGUGGCUCUUAACUACGAGCUCCCUAUAUCAUGGCAGUUAAAAGAAGUUGACGGCGUUCUACAUAAAUCAACUGAUGACAUCAUUGCUGUUGAAAUGAGCAGCUCUUCAGAUUUUGAAAACAAAGUUACUUAUACAGAGGGCAUGGAACAGUUACAAAGGUACAUCAGAUGCCAUCCUGACUGUUGUGUGAUUGACCCAUUCAGCAACAUUUAUCCUGUUCUUGAUAGGUUGAAAAUACAGCAGAUUCUAGGUGGUUUGGAAAAUCUUAACACCAAAAGCUGCAGUAAAAUCAGGGGUCCCCAUUUUCUAAAGGUUGUCGAUUUUCGUGAGCCCAAAUUGGAAGACAAGCUAGCCGAUGCAAAACUGUCGCUUCCAAACAUUGUAAAACCCCAAGUUGCUUGUGGAGUUGCUGAUGCUCACAGCAUGGCUAUUGUCUUUAAGGCAGACAGCUACAAAGACCUCAAUGUCCCUCUUCCAGCUAUUGUGCAGGAAUAUGUGGAUCAUUCAUCCACUAUGUUCAAGUUUUACGUCGUAGGGAAGAAGAUUUUCUUCGCAAUUAAGAAGUCUACACCUAAUGCAGAUAUCUUGAUAAAGUUAGCUGAAGAAAAGGAGCUGAAGCCAUUACUUUUUGAUAGCUUAAAAUCUCUACCUGUUGACAAAGACAAUCAGCAGAAGAGCCAACAUGAAGAUAAUAAUCGAAUUGAUCAGGAGCUAGUCACUGAUGCUGCAAAUUGGUUGAGAAGGGUGCUUGACCUUACCAUCUUUGGCUUUGAUGUUGUGAUCCAGGAAGGCACUGGUGACCAUGUCAUCGUUGAUGUAAAUUACCUUCCAUCAUUUAAGGAAGUUCCAGAUGAGGUUGCAAUACCCACAUUCUGGGAAGCCAUAAAGGAGAAGCUGACUGGAAAAAAGAGCACAGAAGCAGCAAUCCUAUUGUAAUAUUCUUAGUAGCAUCACUAGUAAAAAUGUCAUCUUACAGAUGCUGAUUACCAACUUUUCUUUUGUUAAUUCAUGGUAACAACUGUAACUUAUUCUGUAAAUUUGAAAUCCUAUUUCAUUCUGUUCAGCUUAUUUGAGGUAUGCAUA